GUAAGAGAAAGCAGCAUCUAGUUGUUAAGCGCCUGUUCCGGGAACAGCACCGUCAAUAGUGCCAUCCUGGUUCAAUGCAAAAUUGUUCUCAUCAAGAAUUUUCAUUUUGUGACUCGGAAACAGAUUUUAAAGUCAGUUAUUGCAAUACCAUCUGGAACUUUGUCUCUCAGGCGUUCUCAAAUAGGUUGGCCGAUUCGGCCGUUAACUUGAACGAUACCCCAGAUAUGGCUGAAAGUAGAGGAUCAACUAGCAACAAUUCCGCUCGUCUCCCGAAUCAAGUCAGUUUCCUUGUGGGGUCAGGUAGUACUGAAGAGAGCGGAAAUCCCGUCCCGGUGUCUGCUUCUACCAAAGAAGAGGAGGAAAGCGGGAGCAACGGUGGUGGGGAUUUGUGUGAGGAUGUCAUCUCGCUCGGCAGUCAAGACACCAUAUCCGAUGAUUCGUCAACUAACGGACAGGACAGCAAAAACAUUAAGCAGCAGAAAUCGUUAAUGAGAGCUACUAUGUCGCAGAGUCAUUUGCGUGUGAAGCAGCGCGGGAUGGAGCCCAACAAAGACCUCAAUGUGGCUACACCAGAAGAAUUUGUUAGAUUGUUUGGCGGCAAUCGCGUAAUCAAUCGAGUUUUAAUUGCUAACAAUGGAAUCGCAGCUGUCAAAUGUAUGCGCUCAAUUCGUCGAUGGGCCUACGAAAUGUUUCGCAACGAACGUGCUAUCCGAUUUGUGGUCAUGGUUACACCUGAAGACUUGAAAGCCAAUGCCGAGUAUAUUAAAAUGGCUGACCAUUACGUGCCCGUUCCUGGUGGUACAAACAACAAUAACUAUGCAAAUGUCGAACUUAUUUUGGACAUUGCCAAGCGUAUGCAGGUACAAGCAGUAUGGGCUGGAUGGGGUCACGCAUCAGAAAAUCCCAAGUUGCCAGAAUUAUUGAUUAAGAAUAGCAUCGUUUUCAUCGGUCCACCAGAGAAGGCCAUGUGGGCACUGGGUGACAAAAUUGCUUCAAGUAUUGUUGCUCAGACCGCCGACAUCCCGACACUUUCGUGGUCUGGAUCUGGUCUGAAGGCUGAAUUUCGUGAUAAGCGGAUAAAAAUUUCUACAGAGUUGUACCGGAAGGGAUGUGUCGAAUCAGCUGAGGAAGGUCUAGAGGCUGCCCAGAGGAUCGGAUUUCCUGUCAUGAUCAAAGCCAGUGAGGGUGGCGGUGGUAAAGGCAUCCGGAAAUCUGAAUCUGCGGAUGAUUUUGCUAACCUCUUCCGCCAGGUGCAAGCAGAAGUGCCCGGAUCACCUAUUUUCAUCAUGAAGACGGCUGGUUGUGCUCAUCACUUGGAAGUUCAGAUCUUGGCCGAUCAGUACGGAAACGCUAUUUCACUUUUCGGUCGCGAUUGUUCCAUUCAAAGACGUCAUCAAAAGAUUAUUGAAGAGGCACCUUGUGCUAUUGCUCCGCCCCACAUUUUUGAACAAAUAGAAAAGGCUGCUGUCCGCCUGGCCAAAAUGGUCGGCUACGUCAGCGCGGGAACCGUCGAAUAUCUUUACGAAGCGGACGGAAGCUUCUACUUUUUGGAACUGAAUCCUCGAUUGCAGGUGGAACAUCCGUGCACUGAGAUGGUGUCAGAUGUAAAUCUACCAGCGGCCCAGCUGCAAAUUGCCAUGGGCAUUCCGUUGUAUCGAAUUAAAUCGAUUCGGACUUUAUACCGCCUUAAUCCUUGGGAUAACAUACCAAUUGAUUUUGAAAAUCCUCCUAAUCCCCCAACUCCAUGGGGCCACGUUAUCGCUGCCCGUAUCACGAGCGAGAAUCCCGAGGAAGGAUUCAAACCUAGCUCGGGUACAGUGCAAGAGCUGAACUUUCGCUCCUCCAAGAACGUCUGGGGUUACUUUAGCGUGGCAGCUUCUGGUGGAUUGCACGAAUUUGCCGACUCCCAGUUCGGGCAUUGUUUUUCGUGGGGAGAGGAUCGUGAAGAGGCUCGUGAAAACAUGGUCAUUGCUCUUAAAGAGCUCUCUAUUCGGGGUGACUUCCGCACGACGGUCGAGUACUUGAUUACGCUUUUGGAGACGGAAGACUUUCAGCGGAACAAUAUCAGCACGACAUGGUUAGACGCCAUGAUCGCUCAGCGCUUCAAGUCGGAGAAACCCGAUCCGCUUUUGGCCGUUAUUUGUGGUUCGCUGCAUGUGGCUGAUCAGACCAUCCUCAAUUCGUUCCAGCACUUUCAGACUUCGUUAGAAAGAGGCCAAGUUCUUCCAGCUUAUACGCUCACCAACUGCGUCGAAGUGGAACUGAUUUACGAAGGUGUCAAGUACAAAAUGCAGACCACCAAAUCAGGACCCAACAGCUAUUUCCUCGCGCUGAACGGAUCUUAUAAGGAAUUGGAGAUGCAUCGACUUGCCGACGGCUCCCUUUUGCUCUCUGUCGAUGGUGCCAGUUACAACACGUAUAUGAAGGAAGAGGUAGAUCGCUACCGUGUUGUUAUCGGCAACCAAACGUGCAUUUUCGAAAAAGAGAACGAUCCCACAAUUCUUCGCACACCUUCUGCUGGAAAACUGCUCGGAUUUUUGGUCGAAGAAGGGGGUCACGUUCAGGCUGGCCAAGCAUAUGCUGAAAUUGAAGUGAUGAAGAUGGUCAUGACAGUUACAGUGACCGAAUCAGGCUGCCUGUACUACAACAAACGCCCGGGUGCCAUUUUAGACCCGGGAGCUAUUAUUGCCCAUUUGGAUUUGGACGAUGCUUCGCGAAUUCAGCGUGUUCAAAUGUUUACUGGCCGGUUCCGAGAAAGUGAACCCGGUUCCACUCUACCCGUUUGGGGAGACAAACUCAAUCAAAUCUACCAAAGUUGCCGUUCGGUGAUGGACAAUAUCUUUGCUGGUUACUGCCUACCCGAUCCUUUCUUCCAGCCAAAGAUCAAGGAAACGAUCGAGAAGAUGAUGACGGUUCUCAAAGAUCCAAGUUUACCACUCCUUGAGCUGCAGGACGUUAUCUCGUCCAUCUCGGGUCGUAUUCCCUCUUCAGUCGAGAAGAAAAUUCGCAAAUUAAUGGCCCUUUAUGCCAGCAACAUUACUUCCGUCCUCGCCCAGUUUCCCAGUCAGCAAGUGGCUAGCGUCAUCGACACGCACGCUGCUACACUGCAGAAACGGGCUGAUCGUGAUGUCUUCUUUUUAACUACCCAAGGGAUUGUGCAACUUGUUCAACGCUACCGCAACGGCAUUCGAGGUCGGAUGAAGGCCGUAGUUCACGAGUUGUUGAAACAGUACUUGGUGGUGGAAGGCCAGUUCCAACACGGCCACUACGACAAGUGCGUGUCGAUGUUGCGUGAAAAGAACAAGGAUAACAUGGCCGCAGUUGUUGCCACCAUCUUUUCUCACUCGCAAACAACCAAGAAGAACUUGCUCGUCACUCAACUCAUCGAUCAUUUGUGGAGCCACGAGCCGGGUCUCACCGACGAACUGGCCACCAUUCUUAAAGAGCUAACUAUGCUUAAUCGAUCGGAAAAUGCCAAAGUUGCACUUAGAGCGAGACAGGUGUUGAUCGCCGCCCACCAGCCGGCUUACGAGCUUCGCCAUAAUCAAAUGGAAUCGAUUUUCUUGUCGGCCAUCGAUAUCUACGGCCACGAUUUCCACCCAGAGAAUCUCCAAAAGCUUAUCAUGUCUGAAACGUCCAUUUUCGACGUGUUGCACGAUUUCUUUUCCCAUCCCAACCGAGCUGUCAGAAUGGCCGCCUUGGAGGUCUAUGUUCGUCGUUCGUAUACAUCGUAUGAACUGACGUGUCUUCAACAUAAGGAUCUCUCGGAGAAUCUCUGCGUCGUUCAUUUUGAAUUUUUACUACCUUCAUCUCAUCCAAACCGUAUCCCACACAACAAGGCGGCUAAUACGAUGAACAUGGCCAUGUCUCACAUCCCCAGCUUCGACGAAGUAUCCAACCUGAUUGAUCUACCGACGGACUUGGAGAAUUGCAAUCGAACAGGUUGCAUGGCAGCUUUUUCGCGGAUCGAAGAUUUUGAGAAUCAUUUUGAGGAAAUGAUGGAGGAAUUCGAAGACUCGCGACCCUCGACUCCCGAGAGCAUAGAUAAUGGCUCUGAUUCGGAUGCCGAAAAUUGUGGAAUCAAUAUGCUUUCACAGUCAGUGACGAUCUCCCAUUCGUAUUCGAAUCCGUCUUAUAUGGGCAAUCUCAACAAACAACUAGUUAAGGAGGCUAUUCACAUCAUCAAUGUGGCCAUCCGCUACACGGAAGAAGUGGACGAUACUCUUCUUAGCGAAAAGUUUACCGCCAUUUGCGUACAAAAGCGACCGCUACUGAUCGAACGCGGCAUCCGCCGCAUUACGUUUGUCGUCCUUUUCCGCCGACAACAUCCCAAAUUCUUUACCUUCCGCGCAAGGGACAGCUUCAACGAGGACCGUAUUUACAGACAUCUCGAGCCUGCUCUUGCCUUCCAGCUGGAAAUCAACCGAUUGCGUACUUAUGAGCUGGAAGCGCUGGGAACAUCCAAUCAAAAGAUGCAUCUCUAUUUGGGCAAAGCCAAAGUGGCUAAAGGUCAGGAAGUUACCGACUACCGGUUCUUCAUUAGAUCCAUCAUUCGCCAUUCCGAUCUGAUCACCAAAGAGGCGUCCUUCGAGUACUUGCAAAAUGAGGGUGAACGAUUGUUGCUGGAAGCCAUGGACGAGUUGGAAGUGGCUUUCUCUCACCCUUACAGCCGCCGUACGGACUGUAACCAUAUCUUCCUCAACUUUGUUCCGACGGUAAUCAUGGACCCAUCAAAGAUUGAGGAAAGUGUUAGAGCCAUGGUGAUGCGUUAUGGUCCUCGCUUGUGGAAACUCCGCGUCCUACAGGCUGAGUUAAAGAUGAUCAUCCGGCAGACGCAUAAUGGCAAAACUGUGCCUAUCCGAUUGUGCCUCAACAAUGAAAGUGGAUAUUACCUUGACAUAUGCAUGUACAGGGAAACUACUGAUCCACGAACAGGAGUUGUCAAAUUUGAAGCUUAUGGGCCUCGUCACGGUCCUCUCCACGGCCUUCCUAUCUCAACCCCUUACAUGACCAAAGAUUAUUUGCAGCUUAAACGAUUCCAGGCACAAUCCAACGGCACGACAUAUGUAUAUGAUUAUCCGGAUAUGUUUCGGCAAACAUGUAAACGUAUGUGGAACGAACAUAUCGCGCGCUACCCGAAAGAGAACAUUCUCCUUCCCGAAUUAUUAGUUUCCUCUGUCGAGUUGGUACUGGAUGUCGAAGGAAAUUUAGUCGAACAAAAAAGACUUCCGGGUGAGAACAAUAUCGGUAUGGUAGCGUGGAGAGUCAAACUCAACACACCAGAGUACCCAACUGGUCGUGAAAUCAUUGUCAUUUGCAAUGAUAUUACUUUCAUGAUCGGUUCGUUUGGUCCACAAGAAGAUAAGCUUUUUUUGGCCGCGUCGCAGUUGGCCCGGGCACUCAAAAUACCCCGUAUCUAUAUCGCUGCUAAUAGCGGAGCGAGGAUUGGCCUGGCAGAAGAGAUAAAGCACCUCUUCCGUGUGGCUUGGGUCGACAACAGUGAUCCGGAAAAGGGUUUUAAGUACAUUUAUCUAACUCCUGAUGAUUUCAAGAAAGUAGCAGCUGUGAAUUCAGUUCGUGCUGAAUUAAUUGACGAGCAUGGUGAAGCACGGUACAGAAUUACAGACAUUAUUGGCAAGGAAGACGGUCUAGGCGUUGAGAAUCUCCGUCAUUCUGGAAUGAUUGCUGGUGAAUCUUCCCAGGCCUACAACGAUAUUGUGACGAUUUCCUUGGUUUCUUGCCGAGCCAUCGGCAUUGGAGCUUAUUUGGUCCGACUUGGACAACGUGUUAUUCAAAUCGAAAACUCGCACAUCAUUCUGACGGGCUACAGUGCCCUCAACAGAUUGCUGGGACGAAAAGUUUACACAUCGAACUCGCAGCUAGGAGGCAUCCAGAUUAUGUACAACAAUGGUGUGUCUCAUCGUACGGAUGCCCACGAUCUUGAAGGCAUUCAGAGCAUUUUGCGUUGGUUGUCCUACAUGCCAAAAACCAAGGGUUCUCCAUUGCCCAUCACUCCGAUAUAUGAUUCGAUCGAUCGCGAAAUCAAGUAUAUGCCUACCAAAGCCCCAUACGAUCCUCGUUGGCUGCUAUCCGGCCGGCAAAAUCCGCUUCAUCCGGAUGAAUGGGAAUCUGGGUUCUUUGAUCGAGGAUCAUUUGAUGAGAUUAUGGCUGCUUGGGCGCAAACUGUCGUAUGUGGCAGGGCAAGAUUAGGUGGUAUCCCUGUAGGAGUAAUUGCCGUCGAGACGCGCACAGUGGAACUCAACCUACCUGCUGAUCCCGCCAAUCUCGAUUCUGAAGCCAAAGUAGUCUCACAAGCUGGACAGGUUUGGUUCCCGGAUUCCGCUUACAAGACAGCGCAAGCGAUUCUAGAUUUCAGUCGAGAAGAUCUGCCAUUGAUAAUCUUUGCCAACUGGCGCGGUUUUUCUGGAGGAAUGAAGGACAUGUAUGAACAGGUGGUAAAGUUUGGCGCUUACAUCGUUGAUGGAUUGCGUGAAUAUAAACAACCCAUCAUGGUCUAUAUUCCGCCAUUUGCUGAGCUGCGUGGCGGCGCCUGGGUCGUUAUCGAUCCGACAAUUAAUGAGUCAUACAUGGAGAUGUAUGCGGAUCCAGAGUCUCGCGGAGGCGUCCUGGAACCAGAGGGUGUGGUUGAGGUCAAGUUCAAGCUGAAGGACUUGUUAAAGACCAUGGCGCGCAUUGAUCCGGUCAUUCAAGGACUGAGAGAGAAGCUGUCGAAACCCGAAUUAAACCCAACCGAAAAGCGAAGUCUAGAACAGCAACUAAACCAACGGGAAGAGUUACUAGCUCCAAUGUAUCGACAGGUAUCGACGUAUUUCGCCGACUUGCACGACACACCAGAACGUAUGCAUGAGAAAGGCGUUAUUCAGGACAUCGUCCCGUGGAAAAAAUCGCGUACGUUCUUCUACUGGCGUUUGCGACGACGGCUCCUGGAAAAAGAAACCGUGUGUCGAAUUAUUGAAGUUCAGCGGCAGCUUACUCAUCCGCAAGCCGAGGCCAUGCUUCGUCGUUGGUUUGUGGAAGACAAAGGAGCAGCCGAUGGCUAUCUAUGGGAAGACAGUCGAGUUGCUGUUGAAUGGCUAGAGAGCCAACUCAAGGGUGAUUGCCGGAAACCUGUAUUGUCGGAGAACAUCCGUUGCCUGAAGCGCGAAUCUGCCCUCGCUCAGGUGCGCAGUUUAAUACAAGACACUCCCGAAAUUGGACUGGACUCCAUUAUGCAUAUAGUCCAGAAUUUGAGCCCAGCUCAGCGAGCUGAAGUGGCUAAAGCCAUAGGCCGACUAGAAGGCAGCCCGGCACCAGUCCCUGCAACGGCAGGGCAUUUAGUGGCUCCUACUGGAAGCGCCAUUACCAGUUGUAGUGCUUCCAUAGAAAGCAGCCCUGGUGCUGCACCAUGAUCGUAAACAACUGCCGGGUAGAUCCGGUAGCAUUUUGUUUAGCUCAAACAUCAUAACCAGCCUAUAGCUGUUUGUUAUUUCUGGUUCUAUCAGGUGGAAUUCGGCAAAAAAAGCAUUCCUAUGGUCGUCGUUAUCAUAUGCCCGUCACGUAUUUCGUCGCAUCCAGCUCAGCUGGCGCAUCAUAGCCUCAAAUAUUGUAGUUUAUAGUCAAGUUUGAAUGUCUAAAAUUCAUGUUUUUGAUCCAUGCAUAAAUUUAUACCCCAUCCAUGC